ACUAACUUGUGACUAAUUAUUUUCAGAAUUAUUUUUGUUUACUACAUUACAGUUUUGUAAAUAAUUGUUCAAAAGUGGAACAAUCUUAGUUUUAUGGAUAUUAGUGACAUCAAGUGAAAAAAAAUUAUAAGUUCUCGGUAGUCAUGACUAUUUCUUGCGUAUUUCCUUCCAGACUUCAGUGAGAUAAGGGGCAAGAUAAAAACCUAAUUAUGAUUGCCCUGAAAUCAUUGAGCAUUGAAUAAAUUAUGCUGCUAUAAGUAUGUAUUGACCAUACAAGAUGUCGGAUACAGUACAGCCAUUAAGUGCACCCAUUUCACUUUCUACAUAUCACCAACUCAGUUUAACUGUUGAAUCAGCCACUAUUAGAAAUUCGGGCCUAUUUAAACCAAACCCAUAUUUACAAGUGAUAGUAGAUGGUAAGGUUUUAAGGAAAACAGAAGUUAUUAAAAACACACUACAUCCAAAAUGGAAGGAAGAAUUUACAGUGCUUGUUACACCAUUGUCACAACUUAUGUUCCGUUUAGCAGACCAUCACAGUUUUAGAAAAGAUCAUGUCAUUGGAGAGAAAAAAAUUCAUCUUUUAAAAGUCUUACAUUAUUUUAAUGGAAAAUGUGAAAAUGUGGAACUAUGCAUAGAUUUGAUGAAAACUGUAUCCCAAGAUGGAACUGCUGGAAAUAAUAGUGUGAAAGUGAAAACAGCUGAUAUAGUUUUAUUACUUGAUGGAUUAAGACUUGAUCCAUCUAUAUUGAGUCAGUCGCAUGAAGUGCUUGGAGAGGCUACUAAUUCUCGUAGUCCAUUAAACGAUGGCGUCCGGGCUAGGAUUCGAUUACGAAAUAGUUCAGAUUCAUCACGGUCUAUGCUACGAACACAGAAUCUACGACCACCGCCAGGUCCACCUCCACUGAGCAACGGCACGAUUAGCGGAGUGACGGCUGCAGAGAAUGGUGCGGGCCCGUCGCAUGCGGAGCACGGCGCGGCGGAGACCAGCGGCACCGGCGCGCUAGCGGUACACUCCUCGCAGCCACCGCCCGCUGCGGCCGCCGGAGCACCCGCCCCCGCUACGUCCGGCGCUACAGCCGCAUCCGCAACCAACGCUGCCACCGAAGAACCAUUGCCGCCGGGAUGGGAGAUGAGAUAUGAUGUUUAUGGCCGACGUUACUACGUGGACCACAACACACGGUCGACGUCGUGGGAGCGACCUCAGCCGCUGCCCCCGGGCUGGGAGGUGCGACGCGACGCGCGCGGCCGCGUCUACUACGUGGACCACAACACGCGCACCACCACGUGGCAGCGGCCCGACACCGAGCGCCUGGCGCGCUUCCAGCACUGGCGCGUCGAGCGGCGCCACGUGGUCGCGCAGGGCAACCAGCGCUUCCUCUACCCCGCGCCGCACCCCCCGCACCCCCCACACAACCAGCACCCGCCGCACGCACACCAACAGACUGACGCGGAGGACGCGCCCGCAGGUAUACCUACGUCGGGCGCGGCGAGCGCGGCGAGCGCGGCGGGCGCGGCGAGUGCGGCGGGCGCGGACGACGGGCUGGGCGCGCUGCCCGCCGGCUGGGAGCGGCGCGUGCAGCCAGACGGCCGCGUCUACUACGUCAACCACAAGAACCGCACCACGCAGUGGGAGGACCCCCGCACACAGGGGCAAGAAGUUUCAGCUCUGGAAGAAGCACUCCCGCCAGGCUGGGAGAUAAGAUUUACAGAGGAGGGAACUCGAUACUUCGUGGACCACAACACGCGCACGACCACAUUCCAAGACCCGCGACCCGGCGCGCCCAAGGGGCCCCAGGGCGCGUACGGCGUCCCCCGGGCCUACGAGAGGUCCUUCCGGUGGAAGCUCAGCCAGUUCCGAUAUCUGUGUCAGAGCAACGCCCUGCCCAGUCAUAUUAAAAUAACACUCACGCGACAGACGCUAUUCGAAGAUUCUUAUCACCAGAUAAUGAGACUGCCCGCCUACGAGUUGCGAAGGCGACUGUAUAUAAUAUUCCGCGGAGAAGAAGGCCUGGACUACGGCGGCGUGAGCAGGGAGUGGUUCUUCCUGCUGUCGCACGAGGUGCUCAACCCCAUGUACUGCUUGUUCGAGUACGCCAACAAGAAUAACUACAGCCUGCAAAUCAACCCCGCCAGCUACGUCAACCCGGACCACUUGCUGUACUUCAAGUUCAUAGGACGAUUCAUCGCUAUGGCCUUGUACCAUGGACGGUUUAUUUACUCCGGCUUCACCAUGCCAUUCUAUAAACGCAUGCUAAACAAGAAACUCACCAUGAAAGACAUCGAGUCCAUAGACCCAGAGUUCUACAACUCCUUGGUUUGGAUCAGAGACAAUGACAUUGAUGAAUGCGGUCUGGAGAUGUGGUUCAGCGUAGACUUUGAAGUCUUGGGUCAAGUUAUACAUCACGAACUGAAGCCUGCCGGUGAUAAGGAGAGAGUCACAGAAGCGAACAAAGAGCAGUACCUGCAGCUGGUGACACAGUGGAGAAUGACGAGAGGCAUAGAGGAACAAACUUCCGCCUUUCUUGAUGGAUUCAACGAGGUGGUGCCGUUGGAAUGGCUGAAGUACUUCGACGAGCGCGAGCUGGAGCUGAUGCUGUGCGGCAUGCAGGAGGUGGAUGUGGACGACUGGCAGCGCAACGCCAUCUACCGCCACUACACGCGCACCAGCAAGCAGGUCGUCUGGUUUUGGCAGUUCGUACGACAAAUGGAUAACGAGAAGAGAGCGAGGUUGCUGCAGUUCGUGACGGGCACCUGCCGAGUACCCGUUGGCGGAUUUGCUGAACUGAUGGGCUCUAACGGACCACAACGAUUUUGUAUAGAAAAGGUGGGCAAAGACACGUGGCUGCCGCGGUCGCACACUUGUUUCAACAGACUGGAUCUUCCGCCUUAUAAAAGCUACGAACAGUUAUGUGAAAAAUUAAAUUACGCUAUAGAAGAAACUGAAGGGUUCGGCCAGGAGUAAAUAUUAUUUGUUAUUUUUUUAGUAAAAAUGUAAAUUAUUAUAACUUUUAUUUUUUAUGAGCACCAAUCUUCACAAAUGGCAUAUUUCACAAUUUUGAGAUCGGUGCAAUCAAAAAGACCAACCAAAUACUUGUAUGAAUAUUUGUUUUAACAAUAAAUAUAUUAUGUAGAUAAAGUUAGUGUAUUGCGUCAGUUGUAUAAGAUAUAUUUUGUUUGAGCUAUAUUUAAAAAGUUCGUCUAUAAAGUUCAAUAAAAUCCUAAAA